AACAUUUCUUUCAGAGUAGUUGCAAGUGAUAGUUAUAGGAACAAUUACUAAUCUUUUUUAUCCUUGAAUAAAUAUAAAUUUACGUUGUUAGGAAAAGCUUGAUUGGUUUACAAACAUCCUCUAAGCAAAUUCUUAAUGCAUAGAAUUAGGCAAAGUUAUUGCCUUUCAAUUUUUAUUUUAAAUAUAAGUUGGGAAGAACAUUUUUAAGCUGACUGCAGUAGUAGGAGGCAGUAGAUAAGCUGUUGGUGCUCCAUUGUGGAGUUGCAUUGAAGUGCUGCUCUCUGGAACAUGACCUUACUUGGAUUUUCAAUCAACUACUAAGAUCUCAAAGCUACUUUGAGAUGUCUGGCAGAGGCAACAGGGGACGGCAGGCAUGGCAGGGUUGGCGUGGCCGGGGUGGCCUAAUGAAGCCAAUUCCCAACUUGAAUUCUUCAUUUGUAAAGGACAACAACAUGACAAACAACUUUUUUCCUCCCAUGUCUUGUGGUGGGCCACCUAACAGCAGCAUCGGAGGACCUCAUAUGGGGAUGGGUGGACCACCAAACUCUAUGGGAGGACCUCAUAUGAAUAUGUGUGGGCCACCACAAAUGAUGGGUGGCCAUGGAGGACCUCAAGGCAUGGGUGGCCCUGGAGGCCCUCAAGGCAUGGGCGGCCCUGGAGGACCUCAGGGCAUGGGUGGUCCUGGAGGCCCUCAAGGCAUGGGCGGCCCUGGAGGCCCUCAAGGCAUGGGUGGUCCUGGAGGCCGUCAAGGCAUGGGUGGCCCCGGAGGUCAUCAAGGCAUGGGUGGUCCUGGAGGCCCUGGUGGUCCACAAGGCAUGUGUGGUCCUGGUGGUCCUCAAGGCAUGGGUAAUCAUUGUGGUCCUCAAGGCAUGGGUGGCCCAGGAGGUCUCCGUGUCUUGGGAGGCCCUCAUGGGAUGGGUGGGCCUAGAGCCCCACAAGGCAUGGGAGGUGGUGGAGGCCCAAAUGGUUUUGUUGGCAGUGGUCGACUACCUGGAUUCCAAGGUAUGAAUAGCCCUGGAGGUAUGAUGGGUUCCCCGAUGGUCAUGAACGGUCCUCCUGUUGGCAUGAUGGGUCCACCACAAGGCCUGAGUGGACCCAUGCCUCAGUUUGGCCAGCACCCUGGAAUGGGGGGAUUUCCCUUCCGUCCCAAUGGACCACCAAACUUCAUGGGCAAUCAGCAAAUGAAUGCAGGUUGUGGUCCUCGGACUUCCGGUGACUGGAGCUUUGGCACAGUUUCAGGCCCUGCACCAAAUGUUUCCCAGCAGCAAAUUUAUCAGCAACAACGUUCUGCUGAACAAUUUCUCGAGUCACAGCAAGGAAUGCUUUCAGCAGCGAGUGAAAUUGCCCAGGCCUCUGCUGUGGCUGCUUCUGCUAUUGAGACUUCCAAUGCAGCAGCUCCAAUAACAGCAACUGCUGGCGCUAGUUCAGGCAACGCUAGCACCUCUACUGUUUCUACUACUGCCACGACGUGCUCGGCUACCUCGGACGAGUCUUCCCAUGAGCAGCUCACAGCUACUGCAGUGGUUGGUAUCGCAAACGCCUUCAACAGCAAGAAAGACGCGAUCCGAGCCUCGAGCUCCGAGGACAGGUUUGCUGCCAAGCAGCGUAAGGAGGCAGAGGUUCAGGCUGCCUGGGAGACGCUGCAUCAGUACUGGCAGUUUGUACAGGACAACCCCUACGAUUUUAAUGGCUGGACUUACCUCCUUAGUCAUGUAGAAGCCAUGGAUAACAUUGAUGCAGCGCGAGCAGCUUUAGAUGGGUUCCUGCCCCUGUACCCAUAUUGCUUUGCUUACUGGCGCAAAAUCAGCGACAUGGAACUUAAGCAUGGCAGCCCAGAACGGAGUCUUGGUUUGCUGCUUGAAGGCGCUCGCUGUAUCCCCGUGUGCACGGAGCUCUGGACCGCCGCCUUGCAAGCUCUUCAGAAAUAUGCCAGCGAGAACGACCUCGACAAAUCCGUCGUCACACAAGCAAUAGAAGACUGCAUGGAGUGCGUGGGAGCCUCGUACCGCAGUGUUGAGGUAUGGGACUAUUGCAUCCAGUACUACACGCAGCAGGAGAACUUCAUCAAACUUGUGCAAGUCUACAAGAAGCUCCUCAGCACUCCCACCAAGCAGUACAACAAACACUGGGACAGGUUCCUGGAGCUGGUGCGAGAUUAUCACCCACGCUCGCUGCUGCCGCCUGAAGAGUAUGAGGCAGCGAGAAAAGCUUGCUGCAAACAACUUAACCUCAAGUACACGCCUGGUCCUCUGCUUCCUCCCAAUGCGCCUAAGAAGACACAACAGCCAGAAGACAAGUUGUCGGCUGCUAUCAAGGAGAAGCUCGUGGCUAGUCUGGUGCCUGUACACGAGGCCAACGAGAAGGCUGUCAACAGGCGCUGGAAGUUUGAGGAGCGGAUAAAGCGGCCAUAUUUCCACAUCAAAGCUUUAGAUCGUCGCCAGUUGAAGAACUGGAAUGAAUAUUUAGACCUUGAGAUAAAAGAAGGCGAUGCUUUUCGAGUGAUCGUAUUGUUUGAACGUUGCUUAGUGGCAUGCGCUCAGUAUGAAGAGUUUUGGUGCAGGUACGCGCGCUACAUGGAGCAGCAUGUGGCUAAUGUUAAGGCAGGAGUGUUUGUAAAGGACCAGAACUCUGAUGUCAAAACUGAUAAUGUUGAUGAUGAAGCUGACGGUGUGGCCGAGAGCGCUGACAAGGAAGGUGGCAGCAGCAGUGGUGGUGAGACUGCCACUGCUGCUGCCCCUGGCGCUGCUGGCCCUGACGCAGCUACUGAUAGCGAGACGUCUGCUACAGGCAGGGAGAACACUAGUGCUAUUUUAGAUGCUAAGAGUGAUAAUAACAACAGUGAUGGUGUUAGUGGUAACAAAGACAGUGGUGUUGAUAGCUCCGAACAAUCCAGUGCUGCUAAUAAAACUCCUGAAGACACUCAAGUAUUGAGUAGAGACGCUAGUUCUAAGGCUGUAGCAGGUGAUGCUGCUAUCAUCAGUAAAGACCAGAUCAAAAGUGAGCCUGUAGAUGAGGAGGAGGAUGAUGUUGUUUACCUAAACGAGAUGAAUUCUGUGCCUAAUUCUCAGCAUAUUACAGAUAGGGCUUUCAUUAAUACUGGUCGCAGUUGUUGGACUUAUGAAGACGUUGUUGGUUACGUAUGUGAAGGUGUGGGCUUGGUGGGUCGUGUGCUUAGGUGCCCCACCCUUACUAGACAAUGGGUCUAUGAGCAAGCCGACUGGGAAGAUGUACGUCAAAUCUACAGAAGAGCUUCAUGGAUACAUUGUCCCAACAAGCCUCUCAUUGCCAUGCAAUGGGCGCAAUUUGAGGAGCUCCAAGACAACGUGAGCACGGCGCGCGAGCUGCUGAGCACCGUGGUCGCCAAGCACCCUACGCUGCUCACUGCCAGAGUGGCGCAGGCAGAGCUGGAGCACCGGGCUGACAACGAGGUGCUCGUCGAGCAGACUUACAAAGACGCGAUGAACGCCGUCGUCGCGCCCAGAGAACGCUCCUUCCUGGCCAUCAAAUACGCAAGAUUUCUCUACAAGGUGCGAGACAAUUUUGACGCAGCACUUGCUCUGCUACGCAAGGCUCUCAAAAAGGACCGCGGUAACGUGUACCUGUAUCAGCACGUAUUCGACAUGUGUUAUGAACGGCAUCCGAUGGACUCGCGCGGCGUUCUCGCUGCCGUCAUGCUGGCUCUCCAGGCCAAGGAUCUGCCGCUCUCUGACAAGUGCUGGUUUGCUAAGAAGAAGAUUGCUUUCCUCCGCGAACACGGCACUAUCAAAGAGCUUGUGGAAGCUCGUGCAGAACUUAAGAAGCAUGAGCAGCUGCUAGAGCAAAGCAUCAAAGAUAUGAAGGAGAAGGAAGAAAGAGACGAAGCUCAAAGAAAGAAAAAAGAAGCCGACGACAUGAAGAAAACAGUUAAAGAAGAAGCCAAGAAGGAAGAAGAAAAGAGGGCAAAUGCUGCGGCCGCCUUAGUUUCAGUUAUUAAUCCUCCUCCAAAGUUCCCAACGUCAUCGCCCGCUGGUCCACAGCAGCAUUUUCCCUUGCCCUGCUUCUCUGCGGAUGGCGUCGUCACGUAUGCGUCAAUGGAGGGCUACGGCUACGGUGAGGUUGACCACAACAAGUCUCUGGCGUCAGCACAAGACAUGAGCAACCAGCAGCCUGACGGGCACCGCAUGCACGACUCCUUCUCUGAAGUCCCGCCCUGGUCUGAUCAGGUCGACCAAGCCAACAAACCACGCGAUGAGCGGGAGCUGGCGAAGCAGGUGGAGAACAUGAAAAACGUCCAGUACGACGACCUUCUGCGAUCAGGCAUUCGUCCUGGCGCCUCUGGAAUGGAUGGGCGACCACUGCUCCCUCCUCCCCAUAUGGCACCCAACCAUCCUCCUCCCCUCGCGCCGCCGCCCUUCCCUGGGUUCUCUUCACAUCCCGCCGUCAACCCUGGGCAAGUGGCUGUUGGCCCCGAUGUCGGUGCAAUGAUGGGAGGCUUCAAACGCCCUUUUCCCGGUGACCCAAGUGAGUGCGGCAGUCCUGACGCUAAGCAGGCGCGUUGUGAUGGUCCCGAGUCGCGGCCUCACGGCAACCUGACGCAGUUCGACCCUCACUACACCGACCAGCCUGGCCCCUCAGCCCCUCCCAGUCACAGAGCAACCUUUGGAGCGUAUGGAGAUCCUCCUUUGCCUUUCUCGAAGAUAGGCGGCCUCAGCAAUGUCUUGCGGGGCCCUGGUGACGGCAGGCCAAUGAAUGGUCCCAGUGGGGUCAAUGGCAUGCAUGGGUCGAUGAGAGGCCCUGGAGAUAUGCAAGACCCGCGACAAAAUGGGGCCAUGGAUUUCGAGGGACGGAAUCCCUACACUCAGCCACAAAUACCAGAGAACCGCAUGGGUGACAUCCCUCGUCACCUCAGCCUACCCGACCAAAACCCUUGCGUGAACGUACCAGAGUGGCUUAUUAAGGAAGGCGGAGAGCUUCGACUCUCUUCCACGGCUGCCGGCAAUUCCGUUAUACGCUACUGGCCCUCAUAUAUGACAGUCGAGGGUAGUCAGAAAAUGUUUGAGGUUCUUCGUAAGAAUACCAAGUGGCAUCAACGGCGAAUGAUAAUUGACGGAGAAGGCGUGAACGUUCCUCACCUUCUGUCCUGGGUUGGUCCGUGCGACUACAGUUAUCGCGGUAUGACUCUUUAUAAGAACGACUCGUGGCGCCCCGAGAUUGUUGACCUGCUGCACCGCCUCAUGCAGUACACUUCGUGCCAGUACAACAGCUGCUACAUCAGUCUCUACCGUAACGGCAAUGACCGCAGCACCUGGAACUCCCAUGAUCAUCCUGCGCUCCGAGAGCGCCCUGUCGUUGCUAUAGUGUCUCUCGGUGAAACGCGUCUGUUUGAGAUGCAGCGCAAAGACGGCCGAGGCUUCCUGCGUUUCCCUCUCUUCUCUGGCUCGUUGCUUCUCAUGGAGGGCGCCACUCAAGACGACUGGCUACAGCAGAUUCCAAAGGAGCCUUUGAUUACCAACGAGCGCAUGGAGCUCACAUUCCGGAAAAUGUUCAUGAUUAAGGGUUUAACUGUUUAAAAGCAAACAUACUUCAUGAUAUUUAAGACUGUGUAUGAAGGAGUAGAUAGCCUCAUCAUAUGCGAAUUCCAACCACCAAAUUGUAAACGUCAAAGAUUUUUCUGUCUGAUAAUUACUUUCAAUUUGGUUUUAUGUUGGAUAUUAUCCAACACGAAUCAUUUAGUUUAAAAUUAGAUUCCAUAUCUGUUUUAACAUUUUUUUGAAUUUGCAAGUUUUCUGCUUCCGAAAUUCGACCAAUUAUUUUGCCCUCCCUCUUCUGCAUCGCCGUCUUAAUUCGAGCAAUGCAUGGAAUAAACUACUCAUCAAUUCAUCAGCUUGAAUCAAAUCUCUGCAACACCUGAGGUUCCAGUACAAAUUUUAAAAUAGUGGCACCUCACUGUUAUGCUGAUAUGUGUACAUAGAGUUGUCCCUAUUUCACGCUUCCAUUUCAGCGUCUUGUCAAACACUGGCGGUACGUUCUGAAGAGGUCGGCAAAUUAGUCAUGGAUCAUUUCUUGAAUUAAAUUUUUUAGGAGGUAAUUGGGAUUCAACUGAAAUUAAAUACAGAGCUGCAUCCCAUAGUUUAAAGACUUUACAGUGUUCGUAAACAGUCACUGGCAUUUAAAAACGUUCGUAACGUUAUCAGAACUUGAUACUUCUGCCAAUAAAUUCUGCAUCAA